UGUACAUUCCAGUCAUAAAUAAAAUGAAUAAAAAUAAAUGAAUAAUUGGCCCUUGCUGAAUUUGUACUACUUUUAAUACCCUGCCCGACCCCGCCCCCUCACCACAUAAACCACGCCCCUCCGGACUGUUCUCAGGAGGAAGUGCGCUCUAGGCUUAUUUAGUAUGGACGCGUUCGCUUGAUGGUCACGCGCUGUAGAAUUGUCGUCCGCGCGAGAGUCAUUCGCAAUGAAAAGGAGUGCGGAUUGAAGAGGCGCGCGGAGAGAGCGUUUGUUUUGCGAACAUGGGCAGCUGAAAGCUCGAGAACGAAUGGAAACGAAAGGAAACGAAAGGUUGAAUGGUUACCUUAUACACCUCGCCAAAGUGUUACAGUAACCGGACUGAAGGAAGUUAAAGGGGCUUUUCAGCCUCACCACAGUAACAGGAUCUUGGGGGGCGCUGCGUGCUAACGAGCUACAUGGGACAUACUUUGAAUUAUUUAAUUGUGGCUCGCGCAAGCGCGUAUUGAGAAGAGUGACGCGCAGAUGGUAGACUAAAGCGCAUUCAUGGAAAACGGACAUAUUUGCGUUUGGGAAGGAAACAAGUGACACCGUAUCGAGCGCGUUUGGCCCCUCUAGUCAUGCGGCGGUGGGGGAGGAUCGGAGCAGGGACCUCGCAGCGGAUCUAUGUUUCGCAGCAAUGUUAAUGCCCCAUACCGAGGGAUUAUAAGGCCUCAAAAUGACACCUGGUGUCCAAAUGUGCACUCGAGAAGUUGCGUAUAGAGUUUGUCCUGCGAAUUUCUAUCGAUAAUAACCCAAGCUGAAAGCCCAGUUCAAUCUAAAGUCAUUAAACGGGAAUGUAUAUAUCAAGUCACGUUGAAUGUAGCUCCCAGUGCAGCAUGCCAAGUCUAUGAUCUGCUUCACUUGCUUGAGUUGAUCAGGGAACCGUUUCGGAAGCUUUUGUGUCUCUUAACGCGUCUUUAUGUGUGAAGUUAUUUUGUGGUCCUCUGCGCAAAUGGCGUCUUUCCCAGACUCCGACCUGCAAACAUGUCCGCUGUGCAAGGAGCUGUGCGGCUGCUCUGCUCCGAUCUCCUCCAAUUCAUCUACCUCCUCCUCGUCCUCCCAGACCUCCAGCUCCUCAUCUACCUCAUCCACCAGGAGGCUGCACGUCCUGCCCUGUCUCCACGCCUUCUGCAGGCAAUGCCUAGAGGGCCACAGGAGCCCAGGUGACCCUCUGAAGCUCAGAUGCCCCACAUGCGACCAGAAAGUGUGUCUGUCGGAAUCAGGCGUGGACGCGUUGCCUUCCUCCAACUUUCUUUUCAGUAACCUGCUGGAUGUGGUGGUCUCUGCUGAGGAACAGGGCAAGAACGGUCGGUCUUCAUCGGUGGUCCAUCACGGUGGUCUUCUGAGACCCCAGCACCUCUCAGACCCUCAGUGCAGCUCUUGUGAUGAGGGCAACCCCGCUACCUCCCACUGCCUGGACUGCCAGGAGUACCUGUGCGAUAACUGCGUCAGGGCCCACCAGAGGGUCCGACUCACCAAAGACCACUUCAUCGAGGGGCUUCUGGAGAGCUUACACCUGGCCAACCGCACCAACAACUCCAACACCCCGAUCAACAUCUCCCAGUCCUUCCAUAAGAACUUCUCCAUGCUGAAUGUUUUCCAGGAGAGGAUGGGCUUCUGCCAGCAGCAUGAUAACGCGGUGCUGCGGUUUUUCUGUGACAGCUGCGGCGUGCCAAUCUGUAGAGAGUGCAGCUUGGGCAGACACGCGGGUCACAGUUUCACCUACCUGCAGGAAGCACUGCAGGACUCCAGAGCGCUGACCAUCCAGCUGCUCGCAGAUGCACAGCAGGGCAGACAGACUGUACAGCUGAGCAUCGAGAAAACCAAGGCCAUUGCUGAACAAGUGGAACUGAAGGCUAAGGUUGUGCAGUCAGAAGUGAAAACCAUCACUCUUCGUCAUAAGAAAGCUCUGGAGGAACGCGAGUGUGAGCUGCUCUGGAAGGUGGAGAAGAUUCGCCAGGUGAAGGCAAAAUCCCUUUACCUGCAGGUUGAGAAACUUCACCAGAAUCUCACCAAGCUGGAUAGUACUAUCGCCACAGUGACACAGGUUCUAGAAGAGGGCCGUAGCAUAGAUGUCCUGCUAGCACGAGAGCACAUGCUAAAUCAGCUACAGGAGCUUAAAUCCCUCCGCUGCAUCCUACAGCCCCAAGAAGAUGAUCGCAUCAUGUUCACCCCUCCAGACCAGGCUCUUCUGAUUGCCAUCAAGUCCAUGGGCCUCAUCAGCAGCGGAGCCUUCGCCACAGCUUCCAAAGCUCAUGGUGAAGGCCUCAAGAGAGCACUGCAAGGAAAGCUAGCUUCCUUUACCGUCGUAGGGUAUGAUCAUGACGGUGAGCCUCGCUUGUCCGGUGGUGACAGCGUCUCAGUUGUGCUUAUGAGUCCGGAUGGUAAUCUGUCCAGUGCAGAUGUUUCCGACCACCAAGAUGGAACGUACACAGUCAGCUAUCUGCCCAAGAGCGAGGGUGAGUAUUUGCUCUCGGUGCUUAUAUGCAAUCAGCACAUUGAGGGAAGUCCUUUCAAAGUGAUGGUCAAAUCCGGUCGCAGUUACGGCGGCGUAGGCCUGCCCAUUGCAUCUUUUGGAGGAGAGGGCGAUGGGGACGGGCAGCUGUGUCGGCCUUGGGGCAUCUGCGUGGAUAAGGAGGGCUAUGUGGUGGUCGCUGACCGAAGCAACAACCGUGUGCAGAUCUUCAAGCCUUGUGGCACGUUCCACCACAAGUUUGGCACUUUGGGCUCACGACCGGGCCAGUUUGACCGCCCUGCUGGGGUCGCCUGUGACAGCCAGAGGAGAAUCAUUGUGGCAGAUAAGGACAAUCACCGCAUCCAGAUCUUUACCUUUGAUGGCCAGUUUCUUCUCAGAUUUGGUGAGAAGGGAACCAAAAAUGGGCAGUUCAACUACCCAUGGGAUGUGGCCGUCAACUCUGAAGGGAAGAUCCUGGUUUCGGAUACACGCAACCACCGUGUGCAACUCUUUGGACCUGACGGGACUUUCCUUAACAAAUACGGAUUCGAAGGUGCCCUCUGGAAACAUUUUGACUCUCCUCGCGGCGUGGCCUUCAAUCAGGAAGGCCACCUCGUUGUGACCGACUUCAACAAUCAUCGGCUGCUUGUCAUCAGGCCCGACUGCCAGUCAGCACGCUUCCUCGGGUCUGAGGGAACCGGAAAUGGCCAGUUCUUGCGGCCUCAAGGUGUAGCAGUGGACCAGGAGGAUCGUAUUAUCGUGGCCGAUUCCCGCAACCAUCGCAUUCAGGUGUUCGAACCCAACGGCAACUAUUUAUGCAAGUUUGGGACACACGGUAAUGGCUUCGGGCAAAUGGAUCGUCCCUCGGGUAUAGCGGUUACCCCAGAUGGAAUGAUUGUGGCUGUGGACUUUGGAAACAACCGAAUCCUCAUGUUCUGACCUUUUAAGGUUUGAAAUACAAAACUGUAACUGUGGACAAAUGGAAAAUGAGAUUUUGCACAUCUAUCAGGAGCAAAUGUAGUUUUAUUUAGAAAGUUGACAACAGUUGUAGGGACUUUAUAGUUUUGUAUGAUUCUCAGUGAUCGUGUAACACCAAAUGCUUGCUGUUACAGCACACCGUUUUGACUGCUAAAGGCUGAGAGUGUUUUGCUCUUGGUAUGUGUCUUCAAAUCUUUUUUUUUUUCCUUUCAUUUUUUUUUCUCAGGGAAUUUCUUGCAUUCUUGAAAUAUUUUCUCUCUGCAUUACACCUACCUCAUCUAGCUUAUGUAUGAAUGUACUCACAUUUGUGCAGAGUCCGUGAAGUUUUAUAAAGAAGCGUCUACCUCAGUGUUUUUUUUUUCUUCUUCUUCGUAGAAUGAGAACAAAAAAAAAAAAAAAGAACUAAACGAAAUGAAACAAUGUUUGGGUAUUUGCACAGUUCGCACAAUUUUUUUUCCUGAUUGUUACUGUGCACAAAAGUUAUAUCCCUGAAUGUUUCUCAUAACGAUUGAUAAAUACAAAGCUGCAUGUUUUGGCAGAAACAUUAGGAGAAUGUUUUGAUAUAUCUACUGCUGUUUUCUUUUUUCUUUUUUGUGUACAUUUUAAAUCAGACUUUCUUUAUCUCAUACCUCAUCUAAACCUUUUACCUCAUUUACCUUAUUAUACCUCUGGGUCCAUGAUUCUCAUUACACAUUUACCUCACUUUAUGGUCUUUUCCAUUUGAAAAUUAUGCAAGCAGUUACCAAAAAUGAAUAUGUUGUAUAACUGAUGAAAAGGACUUCUAAACUAGACCAAUGAUCUGAAUUUAGUAAUUUAAUAGGACCCUCAUUAUGUAAUCAAGACUAUGAGAAAUGCAACUGCAGAAGAACAGAUACCCAUGAUUAUUUUAA